GGAUCAUGUAUGCCCAGCGCUACUGGGUUCACGUGACCCUGCCUCAAACCUACAAUAAAAAUGUUGUCAUUAACAUGGGCAAAAGACAAAUACAAUAUCGAAAGGAUUAUAGAAGACAUUUGCAAGAUUAUGAGACCUAUGAUUUAGGGGUCCUUGGAUAUCCAGCUAUCUACUCAGGGAAACAUUACUGGGAAGUAGAUGUGUCUAGAAGUGAUGCCUGGCUCCUGGGAUUAAAUGAUGGGAGAUGUGCUCAACCCUACCUUCAUGCAGUGAAUGAAAUGCAUGGCUUCCAUGGCUUCAAAAUCAUGUAUAAUUCUGUUGUUAAACAUCAUGUAACUUAUCAGCCUAAACAUGGCUACUGGGUUAUAGGUAUGGUAAAUACAUCUUUAUAUCAUGGCUUUGAAAAGUGUUCUUUCACCCCAAAUAUCCUCUCUCUGACUCAUCUUCCCAGUCGUGUUGGAGUUUUCCUGGACAGAGAAGCUUGCACUCUCUCAUUUUAUGAUGUUUCCAAUCAUGGAGCUCUCAUGUAUAAAUUCUGUGAACUUUCCUUCCCUGAUGCAGUUUAUCCAUAUUUUAAUCCUAUGGAAUCAUCAGAGCCAAUGACAGUCUGUGGACCACCCUCCUAAACCCUCAUCUAUAUCUGCACAGUGCCCCCAUGUAUGGUAUAUCUCAUAUGCCUGAGCUCUGUGGGAUCAUCUUAACUUUUUUUUUCUUUUUAAUCUUUGGUGGCAGUGAACCAUAGAGUUACAUUGCCUAGCUGCCUUGAGAAACAUGUGUGGUAAUUUUGUAAGGUUAGAGUCCAUGUUUCCUGGGGUACAAUGUGCCUUCCAAUUCCUGACAAACCAAUGUACUCACACAGGCAGUGAAGUGUUCAGGCAACUUUGCAUUUCUCUCUAUGCUCCCUUGGUAGUCGAGGAACCAGGGAAGCUUGACAGGACAAUUAGUCUGAGACAUUAAUCUUGUGUACCCUGUAUAGCUUGCCAACUUCAUUGUUUCCUGGCAACUGCAACUGUAUUGAUCCUGGAAAUUGCCAUCAUAUUUUGUUUCUGAUAAAGAUAUAAAAAGUCUGAUUGCUCUCAAUAAAAUUGUCACAGCUUCAGUCUUGCUGUGACCCCUCGAA